AUGGCGGCGGAGCCAUGCCCUGUGCUACCGGACCAUCUCAUAGAGGACAUCCUGGCGCGGCUACCGGCGAAGUCCGCGCACAGGUGCCGCAGCCUCUCCCGCGCAUGGGCCGCGGCGCUCUCGUCGGAGGGCUUCGCCGAUCGCCACUUCCGGCUGGCCAACCGCCGCAGCUGCCCCAAGAUCAUCUUCCUACAACUACAAGGCUCGCCGUACCAUGGACCCGAGAUGCAAGUGUGGUCGCCGGAGCACCCCGGCGGUGCAACGCUCAUGGACAUCCCGCGUGAUCUCGCGCCCGACCACUUCUCACGCCACCAUGACCCGCGCCUGGUUACACAGCCAUGCCGCGGACUCGUCAUCCUCCAAGCUACCACCGGCUCGGAGAUUUGCUACGUGUGCAACCCGUCCACCGGUCAAAUGGCAGCCCUCCCGGAAGGCCGGCCGACGGGCAGCCGAGUACACAUGGAGUCGAAUUAUCAUCGCUAUGCCAGCUUAGGGCUUGGCUAUGACUCGUGCACCAGGAAGCACAAAGUUGUGCGACUCUACUACCGCGGUUGGCAUGCUGCAUUGUACGAGGAAAGCAUGGUCUCCCCUGGGCAGCGGCACAAGGACAUUACUUUUGCCAUGUCGUUGGUGAUGCGGCGGCUGCUGCCGCCGGCGCACGCCCGGAAGAGACUUAUGUGUGUUUGUCGAAGCUGGCGCACCAUGAUAACCAUGAUAGAGAGCAACCGCUUUAAUGUAGCAUGA